UAGAGGUCGCGCUUCCUUUCAAGCACGAGCUCUGGGAAAAUAACAUCAGAAACCCAAACGGCUCGAUUAAAGCUGAAUAACAACUGUUUAACCACAGAAAUAAGUGACACGUAACAUUUCUACAUCUUUCUGAGUACGUGAACAUCUACAAACAACAUGCCACAGAACGAGCACAUUGAGCUACAUCGUAAGCGUCACGGUUACAGGCUCGACCACCAUGAGAGGAAAAGGAAGAAGGAAAGCCGUGAGGCGCACGAGCGCUCACACAAAGCCAAGAAGCUCAUCGGUCUGAAAGCCAAACUGUACCACAAACAGAGGCAUGCCGAGAAGAUCCAGAUGAAGAAAACAAUUAAGAUGCACGAACAAAGAAGAACCAAACAGAAAGAUGACGACAAGACACCAGAAGGAGCAGUGCCAGCUUAUCUGCUGGACAGAGAGGGCCAGUCUCGUGCCAAAGUUCUCUCUAACAUGAUUAAACAGAAGAGGAAAGAGAAAGCUGGAAAGUGGGAGGUCCCUCUUCCCAAAGUGCGUGCUCAGGGUGAGACGGAGGUUCUGAAGGUGAUUCGCACAGGAAAGCGACAAAAGAAAGCCUGGAAGCGAAUGGUGACCAAAGUGUGCUUUGUUGGAGAUGGUUUCACACGCAAACCACCAAAAUAUGAACGCUUUAUCAGACCAAUGGGUCUAAGGUUUAAGAAGGCACAUGUAACCCACCCUGAGCUGAAGGCUACAUUCCACCUGCCCAUCCUGGGUGUGAAGAAGAACCCCUCCUCUCCCCUCUACACCACACUUGGAGUCAUCACCAAGGGAACAGUCAUCGAGGUCAACAUCAGUGAGCUUGGUCUGGUCACACAAGGUGGCAAAGUUAUUUGGGGUAAAUACGCACAGGUGACCAAUAACCCAGAAAACGACGGCUGUAUUAACGCUGUGCUGUUGGUGUGAUGGAAUUAAUGGACUGUGCCUGAAGGUGCAACUUCUUUUUCUCCCAAAUGCAGGAGCUUGUCAUUUCAGGAUAUAACUGUGGGUUAAAAAAAACAAACACCAACCUGCCUGCUGUUCCAUGGCAAAGAAAGUCCUGGCUGCAGUCCUGAAGAGCCACAAAACUAAACCAAUUAUUGAUAUUUCCUGAACAGCACAACUGUUUCUGUUAAGAGGUGUGUUAGAAUUUGGAACACACUAUACUGGUCUAUGCUCACACACAGGAACAUGUGGAUUGUAUUAAAGAUCUUUUCAAAUAAA